GGCCCUCUCUUUAUCUCUCUUAUUGAUUUGAGAAAAAAUUGCAUUUUCGACAUUAGGGUUUUCCAAUUGCCCUCGACAUUCGUCAAAUUUACGCCCUUACACUGUUCAUCUUCUCUCUGCAUCUUCUGAUCUCUUCAACAACUGAAUAAUUGCAGCAGCAUAUUUCAGAUAUUGAAAUUGGAGUGAUUUGUGAAUCCCCAGUAGCACAUUUGGAAAUUUUGGCAACUUCAAGAAAAAUGAGUGAUUAUAGUUGGGAGGUUUAGCAACGAGGUUUAAGCUGUAGAGUUAUGGGGGAUCAUGUAUUGGAAUCAGCACAUGAGAUAGUAGUAUCAGGGCCUGAUUCAAAUGGUCAGCAGUUUACAGCAGUACCCGGAUCGAAUGGGGUGUUGAUUGACCAACCUUUAGCAAUUGGGCAAGAGUUCCCGGAUGUUGAUGCAUGUAGAAGGACUUUGAAAGAGAUAGCUAUAGGAUUGCAUUUUGAAAUUCGAAUAGUCAAAUCAGAUAGGAGUAGAUUCAUAGCUAAGUGCUCCAAAGAAGGUUGUCCAUGGCGUGUUCAUGUGGCAAAAUGUCCGGGAGUUCCUACAUUUACAAUUAGGACUCUUCACGGUGAGCAUACGUGUGAGGGGGUUCAGAGCCUUCACCAUCAGCAAGCAUCAGUGGGUUGGGUUGCAAGAUCAGUGGAAUCACGGGUGAGGGAUAAUCCUCAGUAUAAACCAAAGGAGAUUUUGCAGGAUAUUCGAAGUCAGCAUGGGGUUGCUGUGUCUUAUAUGCAAGCAUGGCGAGGAAAGGAGCGCAGCAUGGCUGCUCUACAUGGAACCUUUGAAGAAGGUUAUCAGCUUCUUCCUGCAUAUUGUGAACAGAUAAGGAAGACUAAUCCAGGGAGCAUUGCAUCAGUUAGCACGGGUCAGGAGAAUUGUUUCCAACGAUUGUUUGUCUCAUAUCGUGCAGCAAUUUAUGGAUUUUUAAAUGCUUGCCGACCACUUUUGGAACUUGAUAGAGUGCAUUUAAAAGGAAAGUACCUGGGUAUGAUAUUUUGUGCUGCAGCUGUUGAUGCUAAUGAUACGUUGUUUCCUUUGGCAAUAGCUGUUGUCGAUGUGGAAAGUGACGAGAACUGGAUGUGGUUUAUGUCCGAGCUCCGCAAACUUCUGGGUGUAAAUACUGACAGUAUGCCAAGACUUACUAUACUGUCUGAGAGAUCAGCGGGUAUGGUUGAGGCAGUCGAGACUCAUUUUCCAAAUGCAUUUCAUGGUUUUUGCCUACGUUAUAUCAGUGAGAAUUUCCGAGAUACAUUUAAGAACUCAAAAUUAGUGAAUAUAUUUUGGAAUGCAGUAUAUGCACUUACCGCAGCUGAAUUUGAGAGCAAAGUCGCCGAGAUGGUUGAGGUUUCACAAGAUGUCCUACAGUGGUUUCACCAUUUCAAUCCACAGCACUGGGCUGUCGCAUAUUUUGAAGGAUUACGAUAUGGUCAUUUUUCAUUGGGAAUAACAGAAGUGUUGUAUAACUGGGCACUGGAGUGUCACGAACUUCCUAUUGUGCAGAUGAUGGAACAUAUCCGCCAACAGAUGAUAUCAUGGUCUAACGAUCGUCGUAACAUGGGCAUGAGGUUGACGUCAAUACUCGUGCCAUCUGCUGAAAAGAGGAUUUCAGAAGCAAUUGCUGAUGCUCGCUGCUACAAAGUUCUACGAGCAAAUGAAAUUGAAUUUGAGAUCGUAUCAACUGAGAGGACAAAUAUUGUGGACAUACGAAGUCGUGUGUGCUCAUGUCGCCGUUGGCAACUCUAUGGUGUGCCGUGUGCACAUGCUGCUGCUGCACUUAUUUCUUGUGGACAGAAUGCCCAGUUAUUUGCUGAGCCUUGUUUCACGGUUCACAGUUAUCGUGAAACCUACUCACAAAUGAUAUACCCAAUUCCUGACAGGAGUCUUUGGAGAGAGGCUGGUGAGGGUACAGAAGGUGGAGGAGCAAAAGUUGAUAUUCUAAUUCGGCCACCAAAAACCCGACGACCACCUGGCAGGCCCAAAAAGAAGGUUCUUCGCAUAGAGAGUUUAAAGCGUCCGAAGAGAGUAGUUCAAUGUGGUCGCUGCCAUAUGUUGGGGCAUUCUCAGAAAAAAUGUUCUUUGCCUGGUUGAUCCUGGGUUAGUACUUAGUUGUCAGUUCUCUUUGCUCAUUCAGAAAUUUUCAUAGAAGAGUUUUAAGCUGCAUGUACUUAGUAACGGCUUAGUAAUGAGAUUUUAAUUGGUCUCUGCCUUAUCUGUUCACCAGUUGUCCUUGAAUAUAUCUCAGGAGCAUGUUGUGUACCUUGUAUUAUAUAACUGUAUAACUAGUUGAGUUUCCAUGGAAUUGUACCAAUGAAAGCCUUUUUCAUGUG